GUGACCGGCACCAUGGCGGCCGCGCCGCCGCUGCGGGACCGGCUGAGCUUCCUGCACAGGCUCCCCAUCCUCCUGAAGGGCACGUCGGACGACGAGGUCCCCUGCCCAGGCUACCUGUUCGAGGAGAUCUCCAAGAUCUCCCACGAGUCCCCGGGCAGCAGCCAGUGUCUCCUGGAGUACCUGCUGAGCCGUCUGCACGGCGGCUCCGGCCGCGUGAAGCUCAAGGUGCUGAAGAUCCUGCUGCACCUGUGUGCCCACGGGUCCCCGGCCUUCCUGCUGCUGCUCAGGCGCAACCCCGCCUUCAUCCAGGAGGCCACAGUGUUCGCAGCCCCGGACCCGCUCCACGGGAACAGCUUGUACCAGAAGGUGCGGGCGGCCGCCCAGGACCUGGGCAGCGCUUUGUUCUCUGACACCCCGUCACCUCCACCUGCCCCGCCCCCCAGAGCCCUGCCGCCUGCAGGCAUGGGCUCCCAGUCCCGGCCCCAGGGCGCUCCCCAGGGCUUUGGCUACAGCAGAGAGCGGGCCCACACGGGAUCCGCAGGCGAGGUCUUCCUCUCCACCAUCCAGAAGGCCGCCGAGGCGGUGGCUCACGCCGUGCGCCCUGGGCCGGGCAGCCCAGGAGCCCAGAGGCCCCUGCCGCGGGGCGACGCCUACCAGCCUGCCGUGACGCCCUCAGCCAGCCUCGGUGCCCCCCCGGCCCGGCCGCCGCCCCCUGGCACCACCCCAGGUGCCCGAGCUGUCAAGGGACACCAGCCCGGGCAGGCCGGGGGGGGCUGGGACGAGCCGGAGAGCAGUCCCCGCCCCCAGAGCUCCUCACAGGGGAGCAGCGGCCUGAGCGAGGCCUCCGGUGCCGGCAGCCGGUCCGGCAGCGACAGCCCCCCAGGGGCCAGCGGGGCACCCAGCGACUUGGCGGAAAGGGCGGAGGCCGCGACCCUGAGAGACUGCCAGCCGGAGCUGAGCCUGGUGCAGGCGGUGACCCGGGGGCCCCGAGCCUUCCUGAGCCGAGAGGAGGCCCAGCACUUCGUCCGCGAGUGCGGGCGGCUCAACUGCGAGGCGGUCCUGGAGCUGCUCAUCCACCGCCUGGACGGGGCCAGCGAGUGCCAGCAAAUGAGAGCUCUGGGAGCCCUGGCCACCCUCGGGGGCACCGACCUGCUGGCCCAGGAGCACGUCCUUCUGCUCUCCCGGCCGCGGCUGCAGGAGCUCAGCGCAGGCAGCCCGGGACCUGUGACCAGCAAGGCCACCAAGGUGCUGCGGCACUUUGAAGCCUCGUGCGGACAGCGCCCCCCUGCCCGGAGGCCCGCGGCCAGCCCAGAACCCGCCGCCGCCUGCGGGGGCCCGUCUGACCUGCUGGCUGACGCUGUGCCCUUCCUGGGCGGCCCAGCGUCCCUGCAGCCGCUGAGCUCCACCCUGUUCUCACCCCCCUGUCCUGCCCCGCGCCCAGCCCCCGCGCCCUCCACUCCCCUGGGGGACGCCCCCCUUCCAGGCCCACAGGACACCGCAGGGACUGAGAACAGACUGGCAGGUUCUGGAGACCACGGGGCUGAACCUGAGCCUGGCCCGGUGGGUGCAGACACCCCUGACGACAGCGGCAGCUCCCUGUUUGCUGGCAUGGAGCUGGUCGCCUGUCCUCGCCUGGCAGGUGCCGGGACAGCAGUGGAGGAGCCCCUCCCGGGCCCCCAGACCCCCUGGACAUCGGCGCGGAGGGCAGCAGCCAAAGGGCCUCCUGGCUCCGAGCCAUCGGCCUUUGCGUUCUUGAACGUGUGAUGGUGGGGGCUGGGCCCGCGGGCCCGCCUGGUCCCGGCCCACCUGAGGGCCUGCGCACCGACCGGUGCCCGCAGCAUCUGCCACCGUGCGCCGCCUCCCCUGCAGGUGUUCCCAGCGUUGGUCCGUUCAGAGGCCGGAGCGGCCGCCAGAUGCCUCGGGAGAGCACGGCUCGUGGGCGGCAGUGGCCUUGCCUGCCCAGCCUGGCCCCGGGGGGUCCUACGUGGGGAGGGCAGACGGUGCUGGGCAGCUCUGGCAGCAUCAGGACGGAGCCUGUUGAGAUCAGCCACUGGGGCCCUGGGCCGGGCCUGGCCCUGCCUGCAGGCCGCGGGUGUCGCCAGGAGACCUUACUCUGAGAGGCCGAUGCUGGCCAUUUGGCCUGAGGGACGAGGCUGACGUGUGGAUUCGGCCUGGGUCCUGCUGAGCCGGGGUCGUCCUCAGGGCCAGUCCCCUGCGCGCAGCGUGGCUGCGGUGGCCGCCUGCACACUCUGCGCCUCUGCUGGGCCGGCAUGUCUGGGCACGUUGCGAGCUGCCUGGGGGGCGCAGACGCGUGGACAGACGGUGCCGACAGCUUCUUUCCACGCCUCGGGCAGGGCCUGUUUCUGCCCUAAACGCCCCAGUGGGCUCUGGGGCCAUUUUCUUCAUUUCGAGUUUCUGAGGCCGACACGGAAGGACGCGGCUGCCUGGUUCUUCGGGUUCCGGUAGCUUCUGUCUUUCAGGAAAGCGGUCGUUCCCCAUGAGCCAGGGGACCCUCUUUCGUGUCGGCGCCGUUCUCCCCCUUGGUCAGUCUGACUUGAAGUUUGUUAAUAUCAGUCUCCAAAGAACUCACUUUUGGGGGUGGUUUUUCCGACUGCCUUUGUCUCUCCGUUUCUUCAUCUGCUGUAAAUUCUUCUCUGGGUGUUGUUUUGCGUCCUGUGAAUUUCUGUAUUUUACGUCUAUUCAGAUUGAGUUUUCUUUUUUGAGUUAUUUUUAUUUAUGUGUAGAAGCACUGGGGUGCAGCCCAGAGGUGUGGGGAGUGAGCGGACUCCCCAGAGCCAGAGCGGGGAGCAGCACAGGCGGAUGCACUGGAAGGCGCUGCUGCGGGGAGCAGCGGGCGGCAGGAGAGGUCUGCGC